AGGCUAAAGCCUCACCUCUGACAUGGCCACAGCCUCACCAAGAUCUGAUGCAAGUAACAACCAUAAUGGAAGAUUACAAAUGCAAGUAACAGUUUCUAGUGCCAAACUGAAACGGAAAAAAAAUUGGUUUGGAACAACUUUUUACACGGAAUUAACUGCAGAUGGAGAAAUUAAGAAAACAGCAAAAUCAAGUAGUUCUUCAAAUCCAAAAUGGGAUGAACAGCUGACAGUGAAUGUGACUCCACAGACUACGCUGGAAUUUAGAGUGUGGAGCCAUCACACUUUAAAAGCAGAUGCUUUAUUAGGAAGAGCCACUGUAGACUUGAGACAAGCUUUGGAAAUACACAAUAGAAAAUUAGAGAAGGUGAAAGAACAGUUGAAACUCUCUUUGGAAAACAAGAGUGGCAUGGUGCAAACAGGUGAACUGACAGUUGUGCUAGAUGGUUUGGUUGUUGAACAAGAAUCUCUUACAAAUCUCAGUUCACCAGCAACCAAAGUUCAGCAAAAUGGCGAGGCGGUGCAUGAAAGCAGAGAUCCUUCAGCAAGAAGUACAUCCAGAUCUGCUUGUGACAUUUCUAAUGGGAUAGACAAUCAAGUACCUUCCAACUCUGUAGUACAGAAUACGUUCUGUAUAGAAGCUGUUAAUGGGGACAGCACACCAUCUCCUGCUCACGUUGCAGCCAGACCCAAAAAUACACCAGUACCAAAACCACUUGCAGCUCAGCCUGUCAACAGCACUGGUAAGAAUGGGAGAGUU